CCGAGCUCAGUCGGUGGUUGUUGAUCGCUGCCAGCGUACGUGUCUUUGUCCAGCUGAGCGAACCAACAACAACUACAGAAACGUACCCAAAACCCAAUCGAAGUUUUUGGUUAAUAACAUUCUUGAGUGCGUGCGCGUUUUUCACUUUAACAAUCAAAAAUUGUGAACAAAAGCGAAUAAAAAACCAACAAGAAAUUGCAAUAAACAAGAGAAUUAAUUAUAAAUUAAAAUUCAACAAAUAAACGCAAUUCGAGUGCAAUUCCGAGUUUAGUGCGCCGGGUCAGGCACGUUGCCAGCUGCUGCUGCUAGAGCUGUACGUCAAUUAAUGCUUGAAAGCCUGCCCUUUGAGAUGAUGACAACAACAACAUCGGCACAGCACUCGAACAUCAUGCCACCAGCCAUGCGACCUGUACAGGAGAGCCCCGUUUCGCGACCACGCGCCGUCUACAGCAUCGAUCAGAUACUGGGCAAUCAGCAUCAAACGAAGCGAAGUGAUACGCCCAAUGAGGUGCUGAUAACUCACGCGCAUCACAUACAUCAUCUGCAUAACAGCAGCAACGGCAACAACAACAACAACAACAACGGUAGCAACAAUGGCUUGUUGCAGCAUCAACAACUUCAACAACUGCAGCAACAACAUCACCAUCAUCAGCUACAACAGCAACAUCAGCAGCAACAACAACAACAGCAACAACAACCGUUGCCCGGCAAGCGUGAGGACUCGCCCACGAAUACGGAGAGCGGCCUGGAUGUGGACAACGAUGAUGAUUUAUCCUCGAGUCUGAAUAACGGCCACGAUCUGGGCGAUAUGGAGAGGCCGCGGAAAGUUCGUAGAUCUCGGACAACUUUUACAACAUUUCAAUUGCAUCAAUUGGAACGCGCGUUCGAGAAGACACAAUAUCCGGAUGUGUUCACAAGGGAGGAUCUGGCCAUGAGGCUCGACCUAAGCGAAGCACGCGUUCAGGUCUGGUUCCAGAAUCGACGCGCCAAAUGGCGUAAACGUGAGAAGUUUAUGAAUCAGGACAAGGCUGGCUAUCUGCUGCCCGACCAAGGCCUGCCCGAGUUUCCUUUGGGCAUACCGUUGCCGCCGCACGCCCUGCCCGGCCACCCGCUGCCCGCCGAGUUCUGGCCUCCGCAUUUCGCUCUGCACCAGCACUUCAAUCCGGCUCUGCUGCCGCAGCAGCUGAUGCCGCCCCACUACAAGCUGCCCAACUUCCACACGCUGCUCUCCCAGUACAUGGGCCUGAGCAAUCUGAAUGGCAUCUUCGGGGCUGGCGCUGCAGCCGCCGCGGCUGCUGCCUCUGCCUCUGCCUCCGCCUCAGUCUCCGUCGGCUAUCCGCAGAACUUGUCGCUGCAUUCGUCGUCGUCCUCGGCGCAGGUGAGCCCGCCCUGCAGCAACAGCAGUCCCCGCGAGAGCCCCAACUCCCUGGCCACGCACCCGCUCUCCCACGGCGCUACGACUCUGAUCUCCGGCGACCUGACGCUCACCUCGACGGCAGCGCAGUCGCCGCGCAGCGCCACAGGUGGCAGCAGCAAUGCCUCCACACCCGUCUCGGUGGUCACCAAGAGCGAAGACUGAAGGGCGAGCUGGCGCCGCAGCUGACAUAGUGAUAUAUAUAUACGGGAUGGAUCAAGUAUAUAUAUAGUCUAAAAGUGAUAUGCAUAUAUAUCAUUGAUCGUGUAUAGUCUAGCGCUUAAUUAUAACAUAUAUAUAUGUAUAUGGAUCGUGUGUAUAUAGUCUUAUGGCCAAAAUGAACUUUCAGUUUGUCUCUGCGAAUAUUUCACAAAUAUUGUUUAGUUAUAAGAGACUUAGUAUUAAAGAUCUGCUGUCAUAAUAUCUAGUAAUACUGUAAAUUAAUAUUACCUUAAGAGCAAAAGAAAACGAAAA